AUGAGUAGUAUCUUCGCUCCCGCGCCCGAGCCGCCCACCGAGCUGGGUCGGUAUCGGAUCCUCUCCAGCACCGCUGGCGUCAGAGUGUCGCCAUUGUGCCUAGGCGCCAUGUCUAUCGGCGAUGCUUGGUCCGACUUCAUGGGAAGCAUGAACAAGGAGCAAUCGUUCAAACUGUUGGACGCCUUCUACGACGCUGGUGGCAACUUUAUCGAUACCGCGAACAACUACCAAAACGAACAGUCCGAGAAGUGGAUCGGCGAAUGGAUCAAGGAACGAAAGAACCGAGACCUGGUUGUCAUUGCCACGAAGUUCACCACGGGCUACCGCAGCUGGGAGCUCGGCAAAGGAAAGUCUGUGAAUUACUCCGGGAAUCACAAGAAGAGCUUGCACCUCUCGGUCAGGGACUCCCUGCAGAAGCUCCAGACCGACUACAUCGAUCUCUUGUACGUGCACUGGUGGGACUGGACGACGUCGAUCGAAGAGGUCAUGGACAGCCUGCACAUGCUGGUCGAGCAAGGCAAGGUCCUGUACCUGGGCAUCUCGGACACACCGGCUUGGAUCGUGUCGGCGGCCAACACGUACGCCCGGUCUCACGGCAAGACGCCCUUCAGCGUGUACCAGGGCCGUUGGAAUGUCAUGACCAGGGACUUUGAACGGGACAUCAUCCCCAUGGCGCGACACUUUGGCAUGGCGCUCGCGCCGUGGGACGUCAUCGGCGGCGGCAAAUUCCAGAGCAAGAAGCAGAUCGAGGAGCGCAAGAGGGCCGGCGAGGGUCUGCGCCGUAUGAUGGGCGACCCCGACCAGACGCCGCAACAGGAGAAAGUCUCGGCCGCGCUGGAAAAGGUGGCCGGCGAGCACGGCAUCGAGUCGCUCUCGACCAUCGCCCUGGCGUACGUGCUCCAGAAGACGCCGCGCGUGUUCCCCAUCAUCGGCGGGCGCAAGGUCGAGCACCUCCACGACAACAUCAAGGCCCUGUCGAUCAAGUUGACCGACGAGCAGAUCCAGUACCUGGAGAGCCAGACCGAGUUCGACGUCGGCUUCCCCUCAAACUUUGUCGGCGAGUCGCCCGAGGCCACGGGCAAGAGUUCGUGGAUCGUGGCUGGCACCGCCCAGAUUACCUAUCCCACGCCGGUAAAGGCCGUGGGACACUGA